AAUGAGUCAAGGAAUGAAUAAUAAUUCUCUAUUUCCGCUAGUAAGCAGUGCUUAAGAUUUGGAAUUCUACCAAAUGCUUAUCAAGUAUGACAUCAAUCCUAUUUAUAACAUGCUAUAUUUUACUGAUAUCCCUAUAUAUUUUUGAUGUGCUUAUCAUUAUUUUAGCUUACAACAACAUCAAUUGGUUAAAGGAUUUUAAAAUCCCGAAUAAUUAUAGCUCUUUUCAACGCCACUCCUGCCCAACCUGCCUCAAAGUUUGAACUUAAACAAUUCAUCGAAGGAUGUCUUCCCGACUCCUAAUUUGCUGAGUAAGCUAUUAUUUAUAUCCCUGCCACUUUCAUUUAUAUAACCUAUAUACUGAUUGCUUUGCCAUUUAUUAUGUAGAUAUGACCUCUCUUGCCAAAACUAUGGAACUGAUGCAAUGCUUUCCCAAUCCAGCUCAUUUCUCCUAAUAACCCAAUUUCUUAAAUCCUUAUCCUCUAUAAUAGACAAAUUUCAACUAAAAAUACAAAAAUAGCGCUGAUAAUCCAAUUACAGUUGACGAUGAUGAACCUGUACAACAACACAAAAAAUGCAAUAAUCCACUCUGCAAGAAUGUGGGAGACAAAAAAGUCAAGUCCAAAAAGAAUGACAUCCUAUAUUUUUGUGACAAAUGUUCCAAAUUAUAUAAUAAAGGAAAUUAUUGCGACUUUUGUGAAUAAGUACCAAUUAUUCAACUAUCAAACAGGUUUAUGGAUCCUACGAUGAUGAGGCAGUCUGGGUGUAAUGUGAUUCCUGUCAAAAAUGGGUAACGAUUAUGUUAUUUAAUUACAUUAGAAUCACAUUGUAUGUGAAUAAAAAAACAGAAAUUAAAAUAUUCAAAUAGAAUUUGAAACCAGUCAAUAUCACUGUUUGACAUGUUCCAAAAAUGUUAAGAAACCAAAAGUUCCUAAAAAAGUUGAAGAACCUCCGGUCAUCAAAUAACGACCAAUAAUAGAAUAAGAAGAUUGCAGAAAUAGAGAAAAGAACAUUACAUUUGUAGCAACCAAAGAUAAUAAAAUUUAAUACAGUAUUUUAAAGGAAUUUAUAUUCUAGCUUUUCGAUUCAAUUUAAUGGAAGAUGAAAUCAAACAAGAUUUGGAUUCAUUAAGAAAUUCAACUAAAAAAAAAUAAAAACCUUAAUAAUCCUCUCCUCCGAAAAUCUAACAAGUCGUUCCCACUUAACAAACUACUCAGCCUUAAAAGCAAUAAAUUUAAUAGGAAGUAUAUAUAUAUGUCAUCCUACUUUAAGACUUAGGAUUCCUCAUUCGCUAAUAGAAAUUUACGAAGAAGAAUUAAUUAAAAAAUCAACUAUAGAGAUUUGAUUGGGGAGUAUUGAAUAUAUAAUAUUCC